UUGGCGGCCAGCUUCCACUUCAAGAAAUCGCAACUUGUGCUCUACUCUUCGAUCACGCCUAGUAUACCCAGCCGAUAGCCCCUCGCCAGGCAGACACUCAACGGACAGUAUGUGCUUCGUUCCUGGAGCCUGCUGAUGUGGACAUGUUGCCUUUCCAAUCCCCUCGGACUACUUAAGAACUCCCUAACUCGACCAGUCCCACCUCCCUCGAACCGACCUACGCAACAUGUCUUCCGGCGGCAAUGAGCACACGUCCGAUGAGCCACAUAAUAUUACCGCUGUGGAAUAUGGUCCGCGACCCAUAUCUGUUGCCGUCAAUCCGGUAGCGCUCGUGGUUGCAGAAUGCAUUACCGUCACGUCUGCUAUGCGGAAGCAUGCCCGCUGGGCUCACUCUUCCGUCGCAGCUAUACUGGGCGGACCCUCGCACCAAACCCCGUCCAUACACAAGCGGGACCGCACAGGACAAGGUCUGGCGAGCUCAGGAGACCAGGAUGAAGCUGUUGCGAAUCGAUGGGGUCUCAGAGGGAAGAAGGGCAAGAGCCUGCAAGACAACCCCUUUAUGGCGGCCUUUGCGCGUCUGCGGAGUGAUCUAAAGGGGUGCAAAGAUAUCAAGAAGUUCGAUACCCCCGCCAUGCUUCACCCCUUUCUCCAAGUGAUUCGGUCCUCGUCGACUUCCGCGCCCAUAACCUCUCUUGCCUUGAUCGCAAUCACCAAAUUUCUGGCAUACAACGUAAUAGGACGUGACUCCCCACGUCUGCCCGAAGCUAUGCAGCAGCUGUCGUCAGCCAUUACCCAUUGCAGAUUCGAAGCUAGCGACUCCAAUUCGGACGAGGUGGUCCUCCUACGGAUAUUGCGGCUCAUGGAAAACAUGAUUGCUGGCCCAGGAGGGGAGGUUCUGGGGGACGAGAGCGUCUGUGAGAUGAUGGAGACUGGACUUAGUAUGUGCUGUCAAGCAAGAUUAACCGAGAUAUUGAGACGCUCGGCGGAGAUCGCAAUGGUAUCAAUGUGCCAGGUGAUAUUCAGGCGACUGAAGACUCUAGAGUUGGAGGCUCCGGAGGAACUGGAAGCUAUGGAACAGGAGCUGGAAGAUGAGGACAGGAAGGAUGCUGUUCGAAUGGAUCCAUCUACAAGCGUGGACAGCGAUGGAACCUCGACUUCUACGAAGGUAGAGGAUCUUCAACGACAGAGCGAAUCUGAGAGGGGUAUAGAAGACAACGAGGGUAAUGCGCCCGUUCCAGCGAGCAGUACAGUGGACCUUCCAGCGACAGCGGAAUCUCAGCAGCCUGCCGAGAUCAAGCCAUAUUCUCUCCCUUCCAUCCGAGAACUAUUCCGAGUAUUGGUGGAUUUGUUGGAUCCCCACGAUAGACAGCAUACAGACACGAUGCGGGUGAUGGCACUGCGGAUAGUGGAUGUAGCUCUUGAGGUUGCUGGGCCGUCCAUAGCCAGCCACCCAAGCCUCGCGAACCUUGCUAAAGACACUUUAUGCCGGCAUCUAUUCCAACUGGUGCGCUCGGAUAACAUGGCUAUUCUGAACGAGUCUCUCCGCGUUGCAGGGACACUCCUUGCAACCUGUCGAAAUGUGCUCAAACUACAGCAGGAGCUGUAUCUCUCCUAUUUGAUAGCAUGCCUCUUCCCGAAGGUCGAAAUACCCUUGGAACCGGGCAUUGACCCAUCAUUAUACGAAGGUGUUCCUACAGCACCGAGCUUAUCCAAACCUGCACCUUCGCAACAGUCGAGUGCUAGCGGGCGGUCUACGCCUGUUCCUGUCAAGGACCGCCAGAAGCUGGGCCUGGAAGGAGGAUCACGGAAACCGGACGCGAGGGAAGCUAUGGUGGAAAACCUGGGCGGUUUGGUCAGGAUUCCAUCCUUCAUGGCUGAGCUGUUUGUCAAUUACGAUUGCGAGAUUGACCGCGUUGACCUUUGCACGGAUAUUGUUGGGUUGUUGUCUCGGAACGCUUUCCCCGAUUCCGCCACUUGGAGUACUGUCAAUGUUCCUCCGCUGUGCCUGGAUGCCCUUCUCGGGUUCGUCCAGUCAAUUGCCGACAGGUUGGAGGAUGAGCCGGUGACAGAAGGCUUUCCCAGUCCCGACUUGUUAAGAGAGCAACGUGCGAGGAAGAAGGUCAUCAUUCGAGGAGCUACCAAAUUCAACGAGAAUCCCAAAGCCGGAAUCGCGUUUCUCGCAUCUCAAGGCAUCAUCAGGGACCCAGAUGACCCGAAAUGCGUCGCUGAAUUUGUACGAGGGACAACGCGUGUUGAUAAGAAGGUGCUGGGCGAGUUCAUCUCGAAGAGGGCGAACGAAUCUAUUCUCAGCGCUUUCAUCGGCCAGUUCGAUUUCCAAGGACUGCGUGUAGACGAAGCGCUCCGACAACUCCUGCACUCAUUCCGGUUGCCUGGUGAAUCGCAGCUCAUCGAAAGGAUCGUCACCGAGUUUUCCGAGCAGUACUUCAACAAGGCCCAACCGGAGGGCAUUGCAAACAAGGAUGCGAUCUUCGUCCUCACAUAUGCUGUUAUCAUGCUGAACACCGAUCAGCACAAUCCCAAUUUGAAGGGAGCAAAGCGUAUGGCACUGGAAGACUUUGCUAAGAAUCUCAGGGGUGUCAAUGAUGGGAAGGACUUCGAUCCUGAGUACCUAGAAGCCAUCUAUAAUUCUAUCAAAACACGGGAGAUCAUCCUUCCGGAGGAGCACGAUAAUAAGCACGCCUAUGACCACGCUUGGAAGGAUCUACUGGUGAAGGUCCAGUCAGCCUCUGAUCUUGUUAUAUGCGAGACCAACAUCUUCGACGCGGAUAUGUUUGCUGCAACCUGGAAACCCAUAGUGGCUACCUUGGCGUACGUCUUCAUGUCAGCCACCGAUGAUGCCGUCUUCUCCCGUGUGGUUACUGGAUUCGACCAGUGUGCUCAGAUAGCCGCCAAGUACGGAUUGAGCGAUGCACUAGAUCGCAUCAUUUCCUGCUUGUCAUUUAUAAGCACGCUCGCACCGGAAAUACCGCCGAGCACAGCUUUGAACACGGAAGUGCAGGUUGAUAAGAAGAGCGUCAUGGUUAGCGAGACGGCGGUGCGGUUUGGUCGGGAUGGCAGAGCUCAACUCGCCACCGUUGUACUCUUCCAGGUCAUCAAGGGAAAUGAAGCAUCAAUACGAGACGGCUGGAACCAUCUUAUUCAUAUCAUGAUCAACCUCUUCGUCAACUCUUUGAUACCCCCUUAUUUCCUGUCAUUCCAGAAAACCCUAGCCUUGCCACCAAUACCCUUACAGAGUCCUGCUCAGGUCAUCGAUCGAGCCGAACGUCCGGCCGACACGGGCAUCUUCUCGGCGCUGACAUCUUACGUCUCUAGCUUUGCGAACGAUGAGCCGCCGGAGCCUUCAGAUCAGGAGAUCGAGUACACUCUAUGCACGGUGGAUACGGUGAAGGAGUGCCACUUUGAAGACAUUCUUGCGAACAUCAGUCAACUUCCGGUGGAGUCGUUGAGGUCACUUCUGAUGUCCCUGCUUGCUCAGAUACCGGAAGACGGCUCACCAAGGGUGAUUGCCGUCAAGCCGGAUUUACCGCCCGCGACUGCGAGGAUUAACAGUUCAAAAUCGAAGCUGAACCGGCCUACGUACGACCCAAGCCUGGUAUUUGUGCUGGAACUGGCGACUGUGCUAGCGUUGCGAGACGAGGAGACUGUAAGGGAGCUUGCUAAAGAGGUUGUGGACGCCUUGGGCGCUGUGAUCAGGGAUGCCCAGAAUGUGCAUCCUGUCGUGAUUGCGCGCUCUGUAUAUUAUUUACUGAGCCUCUUGAAGGCCAGCAACGAUUUCGACUUCAUUCGCGCGCCGGUGUUGUUACAUACGAUCUCGAAAUUCGACUCGGACUUACUCAAGCAAUGCGCGCAGCCACUUCUCAAGGGCUUGUCGGAUUGCUGCAGAGGGCCCAGCGGACUACGCUCAGAGCUAGCGAGCUCUCCGGACUUCUGGAUUAUUCUUUCUCAGCUAUCCUCGGUGCCUGAAGCGGCUGGCGAUGUGUUCCAGCUAGUCGAAGACCUUACCACUUCGGCGCAACCUGGAAUCACCGCGGAUAACUAUGAAGCGGCCAUUUCGCUUUUGAAUGAGUUUGCUACUGCGGCACAGGUGGGAGCGAUUGAGGAACAGAGGCAUGACCACGCCGUUAGGCGGGGUAAGGCGCCGCCUAAGUCUAAGAAACCUGAGAGCAACGAGAUCGUUGUUCGCGGCAGCAAGGCCAUGACUAUCGUUUACCAAAUGUCGGAUAGGGUUCCCAAGUUUAUCGAGUCGUCGCAUCUGGAGGCAUCUGAAGCAUGGACGGCAUAUUGGUCGCCGAUACUCAAGACGUUGACGCAUCAGUGCCUCAAUCCGUGUCGCGAGAUUCGCGCACAGGCAUUUAGCUCACUGCAGCGAACUCUGCUCUCAAACGACCUUGUGUCGCGAGCCCACAAGGAAUGGGUUGCGAUAUUCACCGAGGUGCUCUUCCCACUGAUCACCGAGCUCCUGAAGCCGGAGGUGUACCAGUCGGAUCCAAUGGGGAUGAGUGAAACGAGGGUGCGGGCAGCAACACUCCUCUCCAAAGUGUUCUUGCACUAUCUCGUGAUGCUUUCGGAGAGCGAGGAUCUACUGGAUCUGUGGCUCAAGAUCAUUACCAUUAUGGACCGCCUCAUUAAUAGCGGUCAAGGAGACAACUUGGAGGAAGCCGUAUCCGAGAAUCUCAAAAACAUGCUCCUCGUCAUGUCGAGUGGCGGCUAUCUCGCGCCGCCGGACGAGAAACCCGAGCAGGAGCAACUGUGGAGCGAGACGUGGAAACGUAUCAAUAGGUUCUUGCCGAACUUUUACGCAGAACUCUUCCCGGAGGAGGCGAAGAAGCCCAAGGCGGAGAGGAGGUCGAAGGAGAUGAAGCAGAAACAGGAGGAUGGGAAGGCGGUGCCUGAGGGACAGGGACCGGCAGAGGAGGGGAGGGCGUCCCCAUUGCCGACAGGGUAGGAAGUUGUCUAGGCGUGGUGAUGCGUGGUGUUAUUGCAUUGUAUUCGUUAGCGGUGAACAGCGUGAAGACUUCCUCUAACACGGUACAUACCAAUCCACCUGGUCUAGCCGUCUGUGCGGUACCUGGCACGUAUUACUGAGGCCACUUGAAUGUCCUCUCCUCUAGUCUACAUACAGCGUGAAGAAUCC